AUGCAGUUUCUCUUGCACGCACUUCUUAUUUCAACAUUUGCGUUCGAACAGGUAUUCGCCGCUAAGAAAGAUCCCCCUCUUGUUCCCAUUGAGGAUCCUUUCUAUCUACCACCUGAUGAUGAUUCCUGGAAAAAUUCAACUGGAGAGGUUCUAAGAAAACGUGAGGUCAUCGUCGCCAACGUGAUUACCGGGACAAAGAGCAACGCUAAGGCGUAUCAACUACUAUAUUCUACCAAAGAUAUGGACGGAAACCCAGACGCUUCAGUCACCACCGUCAUUGUCCCGGUUAGACCAAAUAAAAAGCGGGUCAUCUCGCUUCAGAGUGCAUAUGAUUCCCCGGACACCAAUUGCGCCCCCUCGUAUGGGCUUCAACACCAGGCUGAAGGCUGGGGUAAAACUAUGAAUCGGCUCAAUCUUGCAUUCUUGACACCAUAUUUGAUAGCUGGCCCGAUUUUGAACAUUCCGGACUAUGAGGGUUCCAAUGCGGCCUUUGCUGUUGGCCCGCAAAGUGGUUAUCAGACUUUGGAUUCUAUCAAGGCGGCUUUGUCUUUGGAGUCGAGGGAGUAUACUGGAAUCGAAGAAGAAGCAAAGGUCAUCAUGGUUGGAUAUUCCGGCGGCGCCCUAGCGACCGAGUGGGCCACUGAAAUGAAAGCAUGGUACGCAGAGAGCCUGCCUAUCAUUGGUGCCGUGAUUGGCGGUGCGCCUACGAACAUCACCAGCACCUACCACAAUGUCAACGGUGAAACGCUGGCUGGGCUCAAUGUCUGGGCCAUGCUGGGAAUAAUGAAUGCUUAUCCCAAUAUGAAUGAAUGGAUGCGCGAAGAUCUACGAACAGAUUCCUAUCAAGAUAAAAGAUUUCUCUUAGAGCUGACAUCGUGCUCCUAUGGCAGCCCGGCGCUUGCUCAAGGCCUGCAAUUCGCAAAUAUCUCCGCAAUGUUCAAACAUGGUGACCACUUUUUGACCGAGUUCAGCGGAAUUCUGGAUACGAUCGGCGUCAUGGGACAAAAUAUUACCGAGCAAAAUAAUCCGGGAUACCCUCUUGCUUUCUUUUAUGGAACAGAAGAUGAGGUUACUUACCCGCUUGAAGAUACCCAAAAGCUGAUCGCCAGGUGGAAAACAGAAGGUAAAGUGGAAAAGGUCUCGGAUUGGCCUCUGGAUGGUAAAGACCAUACAACUGCUUUAUUUCCGGGAAUGGUCAAAGCGUUCGGGUGGAUGCAAUGCCAUUUCAAGGAGGUCGAGGAAGGCGACGAUGGGCAUUGUGACGAAGAAUCGUCCGAAGAUGCAACAGGCUAUCAAAACCAAAUGUCUUUCUCGUCCAGUCAGGAGCUACGAUGA